AUGCCUCCUCUAUCAUCAUCUAUUGGAAUUAUUUAUUUUCUCAAGGGAAACAACUAUUUGGUCACUGGCGCUACUGGUUUUCUGGCUAAAGUUUUAAUUGAGAAGAUGCUGCGGAUGGUUCCUGACGUGGGAAGAAUUUUUCUCAUGAUCAAAGGAGAAGACAAAGAUGAAGUAAAGAGAAGACUGAAAAAUGAAGUGAUAGAUGAGGAACUAUUUAGAUGCUUGAAAGAAAUUCAUGGAAAAUCCUAUGAAGCAUUCAUGAGGAGUAAGCUUUUUCCGGUGCUUGGAAACAUAUGCAAAGAUAAUCUGGGGAUGGAUGCUUAUACUGCUCGUGAAAUCGCAAAUCAAGUCCAUGUAAUUAUAAAUAUAGCAGCCAACACAACCUUUGAUGAAAGGUACGAUGUUGCCCCGAACACAAACACCAAAGGACCUUCUCGAUUAUUAGACUUUGCAAAUACAUGCAAGAACCUGAAGCUAUUCUUACAUGUCUCAACCGCUUAUAUUAACGGAGAAAGAGAUGGAAUAGUACUAGAGAAGCCUUUCCAUUUGGGUCGAAGCGCAGAAGAGAGGAUGAACUCAACAACAUCAUCAUCACAAGUUUCUCUCCCUUUGUUGGAUGUAGGUGCAGAGAUGAAAUUGGCUUUUGAGAUGAUGAAAUCUCUUGAAUAUAAUAAUAAAAGAGAUCAAAAAAUGAAAGAUUUGGGCACUCAAAGGGCUAAAAUGUAUGGGUUCUAUGACACUUACUCAUUCACCAAAGCGAUGGGCGAGAUGCUAAUAAAUAGCAAAAGAGAAAGUCUUACAGUACCAAUUGUCAUCGUCCGUCCCAGCAUUAUUGAAAGCACCUACAGAGAGCCGUUCCCUGGAUGGAUACAAGGAAACAAGUUGAUCGAUCCGCUGUUCAUAUCCUAUGGGAAAGGUCAACUUCCAGGUUUUGUAGGAAACCCCAAUACAAUUUUGGACAUUGUACCUGUGGACAUGGUGGUGAAUGUGAUCCUAACAGCUAUCGCAAAGCAUGGAAGUAGUGUUAAAACACAAGCAGCAGAACUUAUAUACCACAUAACUUCUUCUGUUUCUAAUCCUAUUUCCUUGGCGACGGAGCAAUCACAAACAGAAUAUUGCAUAAAAAGGGUUAAUCGAUUUCUUCAUAUAGCUAAAAUAUAUGAGCCCUAUGCAUUUUGUAAAGCACGGUUUGACAACAGCAACACUAAGAAAUUGUUAGAAGACAUGUCUGGUGAAGAGAGGAACAUGUUUGGAUUUGAUGUGGAGAGCAUACAGUGGAAGCAUUACAUCGAAACUGUUCACCUUCCAGGUCUCCGCAAACAUGUUCUCCAACAAAAGCUUUUAGCAGGUUCAAGAUUGUGA